AUGGAUUCGUUUAUGUUUAGCUUCAGCUAUCCCAACGGUGAGCCUCAAACUCCGACGAGGACUCCCAACACCUUCGACUCGUUUCACACCCCAAAACUCGAAUCCAGCUUUUUUGACCCCCGAGUGACCUGGGAUACCUCCGAUCCAUAUGCCUCCAGUCCGGAGCUCCUCCGUACACCUCAGAAGUUUGGCCUCGGCUCGUCCAAUCCACUAAAAGGUCCCAAUGGGGAGACUACGAGUCACAAGGGGAGGUCCUCGGACCAGACCGAUACAGCCAGAAGGAUUCGCCCGAUGAAGCCCCUUCCGAUGAGCGAGGAUUAUCCUCGGACAGUGGGAUCAGCCAAGUCAGCAGCCUCGAUGCAAACUCCGCCGCCGACCAGUGCAUCGAGGCGAAAAAUCCCCGAGUUUGACCAGGCUGAGGGACAUACAGAAGGAACAACGCCGGGCAUGGGAGGCCAUUUAGAAACGCCCAGUCGUCUUCUCGGAGCAUCCCCUCGAAUGUUUGGCAACCUCGAAUCGUCACCCGAUCUUUUUCAGCUGGCUUCAUUGGAUCCGACGGGCUCGCCGUUCUUCCCACAGCAACGACUCUUUUGGGAUCAUGAUCUAGACAAUACAGCGAGCGAGAUUCCCUUGCCCAGCAACAGGGACAAUAUCAAUGCUCGUCAGACCUCCGCCUUCACAAACACACAUCACAUUCCUCAGUUACCAAACAUUGGUGGUUCAACUGGUCUGGUGGAUUUUGGCAACGCUUUUGGAAUCUCAGCACCACCACCCACCGAUGCUGCCCUGUUUCCUGCGCCAUUCUCUACCUCCCCCCGACUUCCGGUGACCAAAGCCGAGGAUCCAGCUCUGUUUCUCAGUUCCCCUGCUCGGAGAUUUGGUGGGCCUCAGCUUACACCAGAGACGCGGUCUCUUCGUGGCCUUCGGCAGCCCUAUCACCACCAGGCAGAAGAGUCAAGACGGGAGGAGCUUAUCCGUGCACAGGCACCAAAUGGUCACCGAUCCGAUCCUUUCAAUGCCUUCCCGAGCGAGAGCGAAGAGGAAGAUGACGACUACACCCCGAGGGGAAUACGGCCAGGCCUAACCCGCAGUCUAACACACAACGGCCUACCUAGCUCAUCCCGGCCACUCAGUCAAGCUGGGGGCUUGAUGGCAUCCACCAGCGGAAUCCGAAAAAGUCCAUGUAAAGGGCGUUCGUCUCCAGCAAAGGCCAUGCGCCCAGCCCCCUUGAUACGAUCUAGUUCGACAGCUACCGGCUCCUUGACGCGCUCGUCGUCUGUAGUUCUUCGCAUCGGUCGGGAUGGCCGUGCAAAGGCUGAAAUGGAGCCACUCAGUGAGGCUCCCACGGGGUUGACCGAUCCCCUGACCGGGAUUGACCUAGAUGGCUCUACAACCGAGAGUGAAUCGGAUCCGGCUGAGUUCUCGGAAUAUCCCGUGCUGCAUCGCGCUCAGUCGUCCUUUUCUCUUUAUGAUGGCUCACGGCGUCCACUAUCCCGGAGUGACUCAGACUCCCGGCCUCCUUCAAAGGGGUCAUAUGCCUCCACCGUCGGCUCGUCCCACUCCGGUCGGAUGUCACCCUGGGCUGGCUCUUCCAGGGGAGGUGGGCGACCAGCGUAUCGAGGAUCCCCUGAUAUUAAGCGGACACCCAAACGGCAUUCGUCUCUGCUGCACUCGGAUUCGACAUAUACUCGGAGUAGCGUGGCAUCAGACCUGUUGCCCGGGGAAGAUGACGAGAGUGGCGAUGCUCAAUCUGCACUCCGACAGGUCCUCAAAGAACGCGGCCGGGGGCCAAGACCAGCCAUAAACACUUUUGGCAGCCGACUUUCUCGGUCAUCACACACCUUUAAUCAUCUGCGCUCAUCACCGCCUCGCCUUGGUAGUGAUUUUGACAUAAAUCCCCGCCAUAAUGCUUCUCCCACGACCUUGAUCGACCCGGAUCUUGCAACCCCAAGCACGGAGCGUCACAGCAACCCCAGCAACGGUACAAGAUGUGUCUGCCGCUCGAUGGAUAACGGUGGCCAUCUCAUGAUUCAAUGUGAAUCGUGUACACACUGGCUACAUACCAGAUGCGUUGGAUUGGAGCGCGCAAAUCUGCCCUCCGUCUAUGUCUGCGUCUUUUGUGCUCAAACAACACCGACCAGACAACACCGUGUCCGAACAGCUUACGUUCCCACGGGGCAAGCCCCUCCCUCUCCCUUGGCCCACAAGUCAUUCCGCUUCCGGUAA